CUCUCUCUCUCUCUCUCUCUCUCUUGAGAAUUUAUUUUGUUUUGCGUGUUAUUCGAUAUAUCCAAAAUUUUUCCUUAUUUUUUCUUAAUAAUAAAUGUCCAAUUACACACGCUUAUGUGUCUCAAACUUGCUUACUUGACAAUAUUUGUAGAACUAAUGACACGACUUUUCGCGGACAGUACUGACGCACACUGUAUUUACGCUUAUAAGUCUUGUUAUCGAUGCUAAUUUCAUAUGGAAAACAUUCUUGAUAUCCACGAUGAUAUUUACAUUUUACCUACGACUUUCUGUUAUCGCUACGUUUUGGACUGAUGUAAUACUUAUAUGUAUUUCCGGGGUUUUCUUCAUGAAGCAUAUUAUAGUGACAGCUUGUUUAGCGAAGAUGUUCCAAAACUAGAUACAUAACUUAAAAUUACUAAUAAAAUAUUGUUUCAACACGUGCGCAAAUGAACCUUAUCGAAAUAAAUUAUCAACGGGCUUUGCAAUUUUUCAGAGGAGGACAGUUAAUAUAAUUCGGUUUACUUUCGCUGACUGUUGCCGAGUUGUAUUUCUUAAUAAAAAAAUUGAAAUAACACCUAUAUACCGUUUAUUAUAUUCUUAAGCCGGAAUUUGAUGAGCAAUUAAUUGUUCUACUUUAUUCAUAGAUUACUGAUAAGUAAUUAAUUAAAACGCAUUAAUUUUAAUUAAGGCAAAUUAGUCUGACGUGAAAAAAACAACGUAAAAAGCUUUGUUAAUGUAACUGUCUUACGUAACAUACAAUACGAAAUUUAAUGUUAAUUGUUUUUUGAGUUGACAUAAAUAUGUGGGUAAAAUAACGUACUUUAUUGAAUUAUUAUGUCAUUGACAAACAAAUUAUUGAAUAACAUAAUCAGGUUUAUAAAAAGCUAUAAAUUUUUCUAUUUUAUUUUUUAAUAUUAGACGCAUUUUUUACAUGACAAAUUUUUACACUGUUAUCUAUAACAAAUAUUAUGUGUCACGAAGUCUUGUUACGUACUAUAUAUUGUAACGUAACUAGUUAUAUAUUUAAAUAUCUGUGGAAUUUUCCUUUCAGUAAAUUACCAUAACAGAAUUCUUAUUUAAUUUGCGUGCAGUUGAAUUCCCAAAAAUAAAACAUUGUACAUAUAGUAAGCGAUUUCCGUAUAUUUUUAUUUCAUUAUUUAGAUAUUGAUUUAAUCAGAGUUGACAAUAGUGCAAGUACGAUAGUCAGGAGAGCACGCGUGUCAUUGUCCGAUUCUAUAUUUUCUUCUACAGCUAUCAAUAAAAGAAAUUUUUCCAUAAAAAAUCUCAAUAUAAAGUUUUACAUUAAAGUUUUCUGCAUAAGGGACUUUUACUUUACGAAUGUUUAAAUAAAUAAAAAGAAUAAUAAUCUUGAACAUAACUCCAAAGUAAGUCAACAAUAUAUUACUAUAAUUAAUAAUUAAAAAUGAGUUAAAAAUUCAAGAUUUUUAAUAGUAAACAGUUUACAAUGGUACGCGUCUUGUAGAACUAUAAGAAUACGAACAAAUUACUGAUAUAUUAUUGCAGAACUGCAGGUUUUCAAUAGCAUACUAGUAAUUUUAUCGGAUUCUUUUUAUCGUAGUUUUUUUUUCAUAAGCGCGCAUUGUUAUGUUCUAGUGUUUAUAAAUAUCGCUUUAUCAAUAGAAAGACAACUUUCCCAUGUUUCAGAUGUUUGUCACUGAUUAUAGAUUUCGAUCUAAUACACUGAAUUGUGUUAUUGAUUAAAAGUUUUGUGUAUUAAUAAGACAAAUAAUACUAAAAAUUUCUUGUUUAAUUACUUAAUUACUCUACUGUGCGUUCAUAAUUCAAUCAAUAGUCAAUACAACAAUUUUCAUUCAGUCUUUAUAAUUAUUACAGUGCACCAGGCUGCUAUUUAGAUCAGAUUUCAAUACAUGCUUAUUAAAUUAUUCAAUUGAUAUCUCUUUAUAUACCGCCGUACAUUUCUGUAUCUAUCUAAAAUUUUCGAUAAACAAAUCGGUCAUUUAAUUUGUAUGACUGCCCACAGAAUAUGCAAGCCAUUUUUAUUAUGCUUUAAUAAAGCGGCCAGGUAAUUGUCGUGUGACACGAAUAGCUGCUGUUAUGUAUGCUCUUAUCUGACAAACUAACUAUUUUAUUCGCUGCGGUCGGUAUGAAGAAAAUGUAGUGUGCCUGCAAUCACAAAAUAUAUCGGAUCUGAGAUCGUUGUGCAUCGUGCUCGAGUUGGUUUCGUUGAACUGAUUUGUAAAAUCAGUCUAAUUCCUACUAUCGACGAUCGCACGUAGAAGGAUGUUUUGCAAACUCGAUCUCUCUCUGAUUUUAAGUCCAAUUGUCCUCACAUGGGUAUCAGUCGAUUUCGUGUGCGGUCUACUGAUAAGGCCGAUUUCGGUGUACAUGAGUUUGAUCCAAGAUACACAUGAUUACUUCAAUAACACAUGCAUCCUACUCCUGCACAAUUCUAAUGAGACAGGAAUUAUGGAAAGUGAACACAUGGUCUUUCUUCAGAAAUAUCUGAGCAAAAAUUCUAUACCCACCGCUGUCAUGGAUUUUCGUAUGUUCAAUGAACGAGUUGGACAAAAUUUUUAUCAGAUCCAGAGACCUUUGUUCGUCCUUAUGAACGAUGCUUUAAGAGAUGAUUUUGCGCAUGAAUUGGCAUCGUGGAUCGCGAUGGAUUAUCCCGUCUGGCUGGCAUUUUUCGGUAACGAGACCAGUAUCACGGAAUUUUUCUUUGAGAUUUACGUGCCAUUUGGCUGUAGAUUUAUAGUGGCUCAAAGUAGUCCAAACGUAAUUGGAAAAGAGAUCAUCACUGAAGUCUAUCAUGUUAACAGAGGAAAAGAAUUGAGAUUCCAACAGUUCGGUGUAUGGGAUGUAAAGGAUGGUCUGAAAGGUCCAAGAAAUGGUCAAGAAACAUAUAUUAGAAGAAAAGAUCUUUUCGGUCAGAAUAUACGUAUUACGUCGGUUCACGACCCUCCUCUUAGUCUGAUUCGUCGUAAUACACAGAAUGAAAUAAUAGGAAUAGAUGGUUUUUUUGGGGAAGUACUACUCCUAUUGCAAGAAGCACUAAAUUGCACAUUUACUUAUAAGGAGGCCCAAACGUGGGGCACGUGUCUACCAAACGGAUCGUGUACAGGUGCGGUUGGCAUGUUAAAGAAUAACGAUGCUGAUUUGGCGGCGGUGGAGUUUUUGAUGACCUCGGAUAGAUUAGAUGUUAUCAGUCUUACACAGCCUCUCUUCACAACCAAGUAUCGUGUAUAUAUUAAAAGACCUACGACGACCGAUUUAAAAUGGAAUGCUUACAUGGCACCGUUCUCCGGGUACAUUUGGAGCGCUAUCGUUUUUAUCAUCGUACUUUCAAGCGGAUUAAUCGUGUUCGUUCAAAUACUGUUUGCAUUCAUGUUACCAUAUAUUCAAAAUGAUCAUUUGAGAUUUCCAGAAAUUUUGUUGAUUACCUUAGGAGCGUUUUGUAAUCAAGGUAUGAAACAAUCGACGCUGGAUCCUAUAAGAAUGAUGCAGUUGGUAAUUCAUGUAUUGGCAGUCGUGAUAGUAGCAGCGUAUUCCGCUGCCUUAAUUAGUUAUCUUGCUGUUAAAACGUUCGUAAUGCCUUUUACGACUAUGGUCGGCCUACUGCAGGAUAACACUUAUCGUUUUGGCGUGAUCAAAGACUCAUCUGAUUAUAAUUUGUUCCAGAACACAUCGGAUAGAACAAUGAGAAUGUUGUUUGAUCAGUUACUAGUAAAAGAAACUGAUUUGCCUAGUAAUUGUUUGGAUGGCCUAGAACGCAUUUGUAGGGAGAAGAAAUAUGCCUUUAUGGCGUUAGAUAAAAUGGCAAUAGUGCUGCAGCCGAAAAUCAACUGCAAGUUGGAGUCGUUGGAUAUUAUCAUGCAGGCCUCCAUAGCGAUGGCUGUGCAAUCAAAUAAUCCGUACCUUGGUAUCAUUAACAGAAAUAUUCUUAUAUUAAGAGACAGUGGAAUUCUGCAACGUUUGAUGCAGACGCAAUGGUCAAGCAGUCUAAACAAAAUAAAUGAAGAAUUAGAAUGGAAAUCGGUCGAGAUCGGAGACAUAAUGCCGCUACUGUGUUUAAUAAUCAUUACGUUGUUCAUCAGCUUACUUAUUUUCGUUAUGGAACAAGUGAUCUUUAAGACGAUUUCUGAUCACCGAAUCAAGAAAGUAGUCAAUGAACCGCCUCAGCCGGAUAUAAAUAUGAUGUUACGUCGUUACGAUAAAUUUUUAAUCCAGAAAAAACCAUCUCAUUCUUUUUUUUGUAAAUGAUCAGCUUGGAUGUUUUUUUACACCCUAAUUAUAAGCCAUUAUUAUUAACUACGUAUUGUAUAUUAUUGAUUGUUCUUUAAUUUAUCUAAUGUAUUAUGUACAUAGAAUAUAUUCAUGAAUUUCUGAAGAAA